AUGAUUUAAAGGUAGCGCUUACAUCAUUCUUUAUUUGGAGCAUUGAUGACAUUAUUAUUAUUUGGAUGCAUAAUAACAUACAUUGUUAACAAAUUUGUAUAAUUAGGAAGGAGAAAAGAAUUCCAAACUCUUUAUUCAGAGGUUUAUUAUGAUGAGAUUCCUAAUUAUCCAUUGAUUUCGGAUAAUUUCACUUUAUAAUUUGCUUUUCAGAGUGAUAAUUAGACAAAUUACAUAGAUGAAACAGUUUACAAAGUUAAUGCUGUUUUGGUUAAUAAAGUUUAAAGAAAGUAAAAUAAAAUAUAAUUAGAAGUGUUAAUAAUAGAACAAUUUCAAAUAUUAAAAAAACAGAGAUUCCCCUUACGACAUGUGCGAAAAUAGGUGUAACUUUUUAAGAGAUUGAGGAAUAAUUGGAUAAUGUUGAUUUUAAUAAUACUUAUUGUGUAGAUUGGUAGAAAAUUUAAGAGUUGAGUUUGAGUGGUACACCUGAUUAGGAUAGCUAUACUUAUAUAUAUAUAAAUUUCUAAUUAUGUGUAAAUGAUACAAGUAAUAGUAGUUUUGAUUAUGAAAAUAGGUGAAAAUAUGAAAUGCAAGUCAAAAGAGGAGAUUUAAUAAAAAUUAAGAAGAAAUUACAUAUAAUUUUAAAUAUCUUCUUACAAUAUUGAUUUAAGGAAUUAUGAAUAACCAAAUGUUGCAAAGGUUGAGGAUAUUUAAACAACAAUAUCAAGUUAAGUGAUGAAAGAUAUUACGAUAUUUAUGUAACCAAUCACUACAUUGACUGAGGAGGGAUUACUAGAUGAAUUGGUUAGGAAGGAUUCUACUAUAAGAUAUUAAAAAAGUUAAGAGAUAAUUGAUUUUAACAGUGAUGAAUCAUUGGCAACGGUUUCGAUUAGAUUAUCAAAUACGGAGAAUAUUAGUUAUAGAAUUUAUCCUAAGUUAUAAGAUAUAUUGGCUUAAGCAGGAGGUUUAUGGGAAUUAUUGAUGCUUGUAUUUUCAAUUAUUGUUAAACCAUUUUCUUAAAUGUCAUUUAAAAUGGAAAUUAUAAAUAGUUUAUUUAAUUUUGAAGGUUAAAAAUAAAUCGAUUCAGAUGAAAAUGAAAAUAAAAUGUUUGAGAAAUUAAAUUCUUAUUAAGAAAAUAUUUAGACAAAUGAAAAUGACAUCUCUAUAAUGUUGAAUUCAUUUAAAUCAAAAACAAGUACAAGAUUUCCAAAAGGCAGAAUUAAAGGAAAAAAUUAAAAAACAGAACCAAUAAAAUCUCCUUAGACUGAGAAGUCCUCUUAAAAUUUUACUAAUUCACCUGAAAAUGAUAAAAUACUCUAAAAAGGAAUAAAUACUGCCUUAAGAAAAUUCUUUAGCGUAGCAUCAUUAAAAUUGCAAUUUAAUCCAUUUGAUUAUAUGAAAUAUUUAAAGUGUGGGUAAUAAUAUAUUUAAUAUUUUUAAGUGAGAAGUAAGGAAAGUACAAGCAAUUAAAUUAUUCAAUCUAAAAACUUGAUAAAUGUCUUGAUAUACUAUUUAUUAUAGACAAGUUAUAAGAAAUUGAUAAAUUAAAAAUGAUCUUGCUUUCUAAAGAAUAAGUAAAGUUGUUUGAUUUUCUUCCAAAACCUUUAAUUAGCCUUGAUCCAUUAGUUUAAUAAUAAGGAGAGAAUUCGCAAUAUUCUUCAUUGUUAAGACCAUAUAAAGGAUUAAAAGAAAAAUCUAUAGAAGCUUAAUAGGUUUUGGAUUAGCUGUUAGAGAAUUUGGAUGAUCCAAUAACAAAUAAACUUGUUUCUUUGAUGGAUCAAAACCUCAUUAAAUUAUUACAAAUGUAGCAUGAUAUAAAAAAAAGAUAAAGUCCAAAGUUAUUCGCAAAUGAUUUUAUUGAGUGA